CUUCCCUUCCGGCCCUCUAAUUCACAUCCCUUCAUUCUAGCUACCCACUAACAUUAACAGACUCCUAACAACUCUCCAAUUUCUCGACCCUUACCUGACAAUUUGACUCAAAACGAUAAUGUACUUGCUUAAACCAUCACGUGAGUGUUCGCGACUUAAUUUAUCUAACAUGGACACCCUAAAAUGGUUACUCCCCAAGGCACUCACCCGCUUCUACCCGCCGGCCGGAAGGUUGUCCAAAUCUACAGCCGGCCGACUCGCUUCCCAUCGUGUUGCAACGAUGAGGGUGUUCCGUUCUCAUCCGUUGAGUACCCGUCCAUGUCCAUUACUCUGUUUCUUAGUAAGCAACCCCAACUCGACUCGCUCCACCAGUUCCUCCCCUUCCCUUCCUUCCUCAUCCGCCAAACGUCGAUCGUCAAAUCGGCACCGCAUAUCGCAUUCAAAGCCACCGUCUUCCUCCUUGGCGGCGUCGCCAUCGGGGCUUGUCUCUUGCACAAGAUCGUCGACGCUCACACUUUCUUUGAUUUCAUGAAACUCUGGGCCAUCGUCGAUCACUAGGGGAGACAAAAAAGGCGUCGGCGGCAGUGCGUACGCUCACAAUCUAGCUGCCACCUCAUCUAUAAACAGAUCUCUGUCAAGCCUCGCUCGUCGGCCUUCCUCAUUCCCUUGCUCGUCGGCGUCUCUGUUCCCCUCUUCCGCUCCAUCUCCACUCGCUCGAGCUCUGUUCCGGCAAGAUUCGAAGAUAUCUAGACCUCUCUUUCGUUUCCCCGCCUUUUUUCCUAUAUCUUCUGCCUAUUUGGUUCCCGGGAUAAUGAAAAUGUCGACAGACU